CGAAGACCAAAACUUCGCUCCGCACAUACCACGUUCUCACCUCGUCAACAACCACCAUGUCGCGCAAGACGGCGGCCGGCCGCGUCCUCCGCGAGAUGGACCCGGACACGAUCUACUUCACGCACGCGCGCGUGCGGCCCGUCUUCACGGGCUGCAACAAGCGCAUCCAAGAGACGCUGGACGAGAUCGUGGCGGGCACGACGACGCUCGCCGACAUCCCGUACAUCACCGUGAUCGAGAACUUUGAGGCGCCGCCGUCCGCGGACGCGAGCGAGGACGAGGAGGAGGACGGGCGCAGGCGGAAGAAGGGCGGGGGGCGCAAGCCCAAAGCCAAGGGCCGCGCCGAGCCGGCCGAGGCGACGCCGUUCUACUUCUCCCUCAAUAAUCGGCGCCUGUUCCUCUUCAAGACGCUCAAGGAGCGCGGCGUGCUCGACACCGUCAUGGUGCAGGUCAAGCCGGCGCUCGAGCGCGAGCGCACAAAGUAUACGCGCGAGCGGUGUGUGCUGCGCGCGAAGCUUAUGGGCGCGGGCACGAAGCUCGGGGCUGAGGCUGAGGGCGAGGACGGGGAUGAGGAUGACGAGAAGAUGGACGAGCGGCCGUGACGAAGCUAGCUCAGAGAGCACGGCGUGGGACGAGGGUACCCUCUCGCGCACAAUUACUCGUCGCGUCAUCCGUGCCAUGCUGGCCAUACCAGCGCCAAGAGCACCGUCCAUGCGCGCUCCUCUUCCACGGAAGCGUACCGCAGCUGCAGACCUCUGAGGCAGCAGCGCAGGCGGUGUCACCGUCGCGGGCGAGCAUGUCGGCCAGCGACGUCGGCUUGCUCGCUUCGCUCGGCCCAGCACAGUCAUCCGGCUGCUCGAGAAGCCGAGCUCACCUCAUCUCGUUCUCUGGCCUCCUUCCGCCCGUAUGCAUGUACUGCAUAUGAUCGAGACGGACUUGUGCGUCGCCAAGACGCUACAUGUGCAUCCGAUUGUUCCCCGGCCCCUCUCUAAUGUCUUGAUGAUACGCAGGAUUGGACUGACCACAUGACCGG